AAAUUUUGAAUAAUUUAGAUAAUUUAAAUAUUGUAGAUAAAAUGUAUUAUGGUAAUUUGUUUUUUUUUUGGUAUUUUGGUUUGUAUGUAGUAUUUUAAAAUUAUUUGAUUAAUUUAAAUGUAACAAUGACUGUUAAUAUUUACAAGUAUAUAAAGUAUAAACUAUAUUAUAUGAAUUAUUCAGUUUUGAUUUUUUUGGUUUUAGAGAUAUAAGUGGCUCGGGUAAUUCAUGAACCGAUAAGAAACAUUAUGCUUACUAAUCGUAGAGGUCCAAUAAAAAGUGUUCUUAGAACAUAUCAUUAUCCCUGUCUCUUAGAUAGGUUUUUUUAGUCUAAUUGGGAUUUAAAAAAAAAAGAAAAAAUGUAAUAACUAAGUCUGAGCGUUUUUAACUCAACCCGAAGUACCUACCUAGACCCGAAUCGGAAAAACCGAAUCCGAAUCCGAACUGUUAUACAAAAUAUCCAAACGGGACUUAUGAGCUUAGUACUUUGGUGUUUGGUUAAAAUCCGAACCGAACCGACAUCCGAACUAGGAUCCGAAGAUAUCCGAAAUUAGUUAAAUAUGUUAAUUUUUUUAUAUAUUUUAAGAUGAUUUAGAUAUUUUAGGAUAUUCAAAAUAUUUUUUUAGUUUGUUUUAAUUGUUAUUUUGAAUACUUUUCAGUUAAUUUAGAUAGUUUAACUAAUUUUUAAUUAGAUUUGUAAAUAAUUUAUAUAUUUUGAAAAAAAAUUAUCAAUUUUUAAGGUUUAAAAAAUAUAUUUUUGGACGAUUUUAAACAUUGGUUACAUCCAAUCCGAACCGAACCCGGAAGGAACCGAACUGAAACCGAUCCGAUAAUUAGUAAAACCCGAAUAGUACUUUUGAACAUAACACCGAAAAUCCAAAAAUCCGAAUUAACCGGACCGAUGCCGAACGGUCCACCGAACGUCGAGGCCUAGUAAUAACUAUAGAAGAUGUUUCUUAAUUAAGCAAUGGAAGAGACGUCUCUUCUCUUCCUCUCUUGGCCUGUCCUUAGUUUCUUCCUUUUUAAUCGGGUAUGUAUGAUCCGCGCGACGAUUCUUUGUUCUUUGCUCUUUUAUUGGUGUAGUUUACGAGCAAUUCUCUAGCCCAAGUUGUGUUAUUUAGUGUAUGCACGUAAGCUGUUCGACGAUUUGCCUGUGGGAGUAUAUGUUGAUUAAAGUUUUGUCACAGAGAUUUAUAGUGGAUUUAGCUUAGAAAGAUCUUACCCUGUAAGAAGGGUUUGGUGAAAGGGGAAGAACUUUGUGAAGAAAGUAGAACUUGUUGCAUACAACUAGUGAAACGCAAGUGUUACUAAGAUUUGACAAGAGCUUACGUAUGUUCAAAAAACAAACAAGAGCUUACUUAUGAUUUUUUUUUCCCUUACUAAUGUAAGCAGGAAGUUUGGUGGUGGUGGUGAUACUCUAGUUGCAAUGACAAAGAAGAAAACACCACAGAUUCUCAAGAUAGAUACGGCACUAAAACUUGCUGAGAAGUGGGUUGCCAACAUGUUGACGCCUGCAGAGGAUGAUCCUAUUGAGGCUCAACAAGAAGCUCGACCACUCAGGUGAAGCAAUAUUUUAUUCUCUUACAUGUUGGUUUUGCAUUUCGUUUGCAAAUACAAAGUUGAAUAGAAGUAUUGUUUAACAUAAAUUUGUAUUUUUAAUAUGGGCUUGAGAACCUAGGAAGCUUGAAGCAGCAAUAUGAGCUUACAGAGGCUACAAACAGAGUGGAGGUCAUUUGGGGCCAAGGAUGAGAUAUUCUGCUUGUUUCAAGGCUCACUUGACAACCUAGGAAGCUUGAAGCAGCAAUAUGGGCUUGCCAAGAAUGCAAACGAGGCGAUUUCGCUUACAAGACUCUCCGUGACAGAGCUCCUUACCCGGCUAACCACGUUGUGUCACACCUAAGUGGCGAUUUCGCUUUUGUGGUCUUUGAUAAAUCAACCUCCACUCUGUUUGUAGCCUCUAAACUUCUCCUUAUCUCUGGCCAUGGCUACUGCUCCAACUGAUAAAGACGAAGUGCAGAGAGAGGAGGUUGAUCCCGCCAAAAUAACCGAAGAAGUCAAUGAAGAAGCUAUCGAGAGCUCUCUUAAUCAGAAUCGUCAAGAAGACUCGAUCGCGAUUCGUAGGAGUGGUGAAACGAUGGGACGUGGCUCAACAUCGUCUGCAAGUCAACAGAACCGUGGUCUUGUUCCUUCUGGCGCUCAAAUGUCUCAACAGAUGAUGAUGCCUCGUCCAUAUCAGCAGGAGCGACCAGUUGCACAUUUUCAAAUGCCUCGUCCAUAUCAGCAGGAGGGAUCAGUUGCUCCUUUUCAAAUGUCUCAACAGAUGAUGAUGUCGCAUCUUAGACCAAGUGUGCCUCCAUAUCAGCAGGAGCGACCAGUUGCACCUGUUCAGAAUGAGUUUACUCAGCCUUUUGGUAUGCAAAGGGGAAAGCGAAAAUUGUAUGAGGCAGGUGAGAGCUCCUCCUCUAGGAAAAGGCAAAACCAGCAGCAUCUAUGGCAAAUUGAAGCUCCUAGGGAUUCAGAGGGGUAUCAAGAGUACUUGGAGCGUCUAGGAGGAUCAUCAGGUGGAUCACUUGGGGCUUUUAGUGCUAGGCAUCCCUUGAACCAGCGAAGGCAAAAUCAGCCGCCAUGGAUGAACUACACCAACCAGCCGCAGCAACAAGCAGUGAGGCCAGUGAUGAACUACAACCAGCCGCAGCAACAAGCAGCGAGGCCAUGGAUGAACUACACCAACCAGCCGCAGCAACAAGCAGUGAGGCCAUGGAUUAACUACAACAACCAGCCGCAGCAACAAGGAGUGAGGAACUACAACAACCAGCCUCCAUGGAUGAACUAAAACUACCAGCCGCAGCAACAACGAGUGAGGCCAGUGAUCAACUACAACUACCACCAUCAGCCCCAGCAAUUCAACCAACGCUUUGGGUUCCCCGUGAAUAUGAUUCAACACCACCAAGCUUCUCCCAGUGCAGCAGUACCACCACGGCCUGAGCAGAAUCAGCAACUUCAGCCUCAAACACAACAGCCAAGGCAGUUUCAGGGGUCUAGCGCUGAUGAACCAUCGUCUUCAGGCCAAGGUCAAGGCUAGAGCAGACGAGGUUAGGUAAAAAGUAAAGGACGAUUUUCUUUCAAAAAAUAGACUUCAGAUUGAUUUUGAUAAUUGUAAAUGAAAUAGAAAUAUUGCUUACUUUUUUAGUCAAAGAUCUGUGUAGAAAACUUUUCAA